AAAUCAGAUGGGAUGCAGGGCAGUCACUCCACAGAGAGAAUAGAGACAAGCUCAUCCAGAGCUGCGCGACUAAACUCACAGAGACAACAUGAAAGCUGUUGCAGCCUUUCUGCUGGUCCUGUACCUGGCUGUAAGUCACGCAUGGAAGUGCAAGGAGGCUCCAAGGCUGUAUGGGGUCCAACAGAUUGAUGCUGGAUUGGGACAAGUGGUUGUAGCGACAAGACACGGACGGCCAUAUCAACUAAGUGGAAAGUACUGGUACAGUCUGGGCACAUUCAGCCUCACGCAUGUCACUGUGGGACCUGCAGGAACGUGGGGAUGUGACAGAAGCAACAAGGUGUACAAAUUUGUAGCCGGAAACUGGAAACAAAUCAAUGGUGAAUCCUUGCAUCAGGUGGAUGCUGGGGGUGAUGGUCAGGUUGUUGGAGUAGCCACCAGCAAUUACUCCUGCUGUCUGAAGGACCAUGUGGCUUGUAGCUUUUAUGGCAAGGGCUCAGUGUCCUGGAUUGCACUUGCAAAGAAAGUGAAAUAUAUCAGCUGUGGGAAGAAGUAUGGAUGCUGGGCUGUCAACACGUUAAACCAGAUCUUUGUGACAAAGAAUAUCGUUCCCAGCACUUGUGCAAUUGAAAGCUGGACAAAUGUGCGAGGGCCAAAAAUGACAAUGAUUGAAGUGUCAGGUGAUGGAAAGGUUUUUGGAGUGGGAACAAAUGGCAAGGUGUACCAAAGAACUGGCAUCACCAAGUCAAACAGAGCAGGCAAACGUUGGGUAACCAUCCCAAUGUGCAUGCCCAUCAGUCAUUUGACCUACGACCUGCACCAUCUUUGGGUUGUGACCACCUCUGGUUGGCUUUUGCAGUGCACACACCACAGAUACAGAGACAACAUGAAAGCUAUUGCAGGUUGCCUUUUGCUGGUGUUGUGUUCUGCGGUUGAGUGUUCUUGGGCAACAUGGGAAUGCAAAGAGGCUCCAAGGCUGUAUAGUAUCAGACAGAUUGAUGCUGGAAUGGGACAAGUGGUUGCAGCGACAAAAUAUGGACGGCCAUAUCAACUAAGCGGAAGGUACUGGUACAGUCUGGGCUUAUCCAGGCUCAAGCAUGUCAGUGUGGGACCUGCAGGAGCGUGGGGAUGUGACAGCAGCAACAAGGUGUACAAACUUGUAGGCGGAAACUGGAAAGUUGUCAAUGGUCAAACCUUGCAGCAGGUGGAUGCUGGAGGUGAUGGUCAGGUUGUUGGAAUAGCACCCACCACCAAUGACACCUACUGUCAGACAGCCAAAUACGCUGGUAGCUAUUAUGGAGAGGGCACUCUUGCCUGGACUGGACUUACAAAGUCAUUGGUAUAUGUUAGCUGUGGGAAAAUGUACGGCUGCUGGGGACUCGACACAAAAAACAGGACCUUUGUGGCAAAGAAAGUCAACUCAACAACCUGUGUAACUGAAGGCUGGACACUUGUGGAUGGGCCAGCAAUGCAAAUGAUUGAAGUGUCAACUGAUGGAGAGGUUUUUGGAGUGACUUCAGAUGGCAAGGUGUAUCAAAGACUUGGCAUCACUGAUUCACUGAGAGAAGGCAGCGGAUGGGUAAAAAUCCCAAUGUGCAUGCCCAUCAGUCAUUUGACCUAUGACCUGAACCAUCUUUGGGUCGUGACCACCUCUGGUUGGCUGUUGCAGUGCAUUCAAGAAGAAGAGAUAAAAUAG